ACUCGUCAGUAUCGUGCCGCGACUCCCUCGCGACGAGAGAGCGUCCGCUUCAAGUUCCUCGGCUCUUCUCGCUGUUAACGCGCGCUUUCUCUCUCUCCUUCUCUCUCUCUCUCUCUUUCCUUCUUCCGUCCCUCUCUUUAUUUGCCACUUUCUUCGCUCGCGAAUUCGCGAACGAGAUUCGCGCGACGCUCGCUCGCGCGAGUGUGCGACGACGUGCGUUUUCCCUUCGAUCCCCCGGUAUCGGAGCCGGUCGCGUGUGUGCUACGAUUUUUGGAGAUUUCGGGAUUCCGCGGGAUCCCGAGGAUCCAGUGAUAGUGUUGUCACCAUCGACGAUCGUUCUCGGAUCCUCACGCGGGGUUUAACACCAGAGUCGUGGCUGACGAUCUAUCAAACAUGUUGCGGCUUAUGGUCCUAUUCUUUCUAUAUAUCGCUGCCACUUACACACCUGGCCACUGCGAAGCAAGGGCAUCGCGAGAUGUCGAGCAUGCGAGACUACCAGAGUUCCUCACGGAAUUGGACCUGUCGAGUCUCGAGGCAUCCGAGGAAGACGUCGAAGCGCUGAAGAAAAUCGUGAAAAGGCUGGCGCCCGAGAAGAACGGCGAGUACCAAGUUUACCAAGUCUUCUUCGGUAACGAGGACCUUCUCAAGGAGUGGCUCAAAGGAGCGGACGUGACAGGACAGCCCGGGGUGGAUUAUCCAGCUCUCACGUCGAUCCCAGCCACUUCAUUCAGCUGUCGCGGUCUAAGAGGGGGAUAUUACGCGGAUUUAGAGACAAAUUGCCAGGUAUUCCACAUCUGCGACAAUGGACGAAAGAUCUCGUUCUUGUGUCCCAAUGGUACCAUCUUUCAACAGUCGCAACUUAUAUGCGACUGGUGGUUCAAAGUGGACUGCAGCAAGUCCACGGAACUGUACGAGCAAAGCGCCGAACAAUUGGCCGAGGAGGAGAAGAAACGUGCGGACGCGAGGAAGAUGAAAUCUGAGUAUCAUCGUCCAGUAGAACAGCAGGAUAACGCGGAUUACUACGAGGCUCAAAACGUCGAUUACGACGGCAAGCAAAACGGCAGAAUGAAUCCAUACGGCCAAUCUCCCGUCAAUCAGAAUCAAAUUCCGGCGAAGCAGGAAUUCAAGUCCGCCCAGCACUUCAAAUCGAACAACAAUCGAGAUUCCGGUCGUUAUUUCCAGGAAAACAACGCGAAUGCACUACGAACUAACGAGAAAACGAGUCAAACACCCGAGAAUUUCAAUCAGCAACCGAAACAACGACAGUAUCACGACGGUGGCUCGAAUUAUUCGACGAACAAUAGGCAGAGAAAUCAGCUGGUGAACACGCAAGGAGACAAUAAAUUCAACUACGAGCAGGGGAAUAAGUUCCAGGAUACUCGACAGAAUUACCAGAGUAAUUCGCAGGAUUACCGGCCGGAUCAAAAUACGCCGCUCAACAACGAGAAGCCAGGAUUUAGAGGUACGAAGUCACGUCCGUCGACGCGAAACAAUUUGCUCGGCUCCAAUCAAUCGCAGAAGUCUACGCCGAUUUAUAUGGAAACGACGACCUUCCGAACGACGACCGCGGCACCUCCGAAGGAAUAUCAGCAGUUUGCGGAAAGCGCCGCAUUCGUGUCGAAUCGGGGAAAUCGCUUCAACUCGGGCAGAUCCGAGAGCAAUCGGCAGUUCUAUUAUCAUUCCUUUGAUUAUCAGGAUCAUUCAACUACGAUCGAUUAUCGCGAUCAGGAGACGACCACUUUGACGCCGGAGAGAAACCAGGAGGCAGAAACGGUGUCUUUCACGCCGAAGACGAACGCACCUUCAUUCCCGGGACCCACAUUCGCUCCCGUUUAUAAACCCAAGGCAACGACAUUGCCGCCUUAUGAAACAACUUUGCAAUACACGCCCACCACCGAGACGUCCUUCUACAGCACUUCCUACUACGGACAAGACGAUACUCCGGAAACUACCGUUUACGCCAACACCGCGACUGUCACGUCGUCUUCUGUAGAUGAAUAUUCGACCACGGAGUCUUAUGCUACGCGAAACGAUCUGCAAACUCCUGCCGCGAUAGGGAGGGUGCCACCGCUCGCUGGAAAUCAUCAAAAUCAGCAGUACGUUGCUCAUAGAGUAACCAAUCAGAGGGACACCGAUCGCGACACAGCUUCUUACGCGACAACGCGUCCGUAUUUAAAUACAGAAAGCUAUCGACACAAUGUACCGGUUAAUGUCACGUCGACCGUGAACCACGAAGAGAAUCGCAGUGGGACGACUCGGUCCAAUUAUCAAAGCGAAAAUAACAUAGCGGAUAUCGAGACUAAAAGCACAACGAGGGAUCCCUGGCGCGCGUCUUCGCAGAGCUUCCGGCAAAACUCGAUCAGUUCGACCGAGAAGCCAUGGAAAAGUACGAACGUUUAUCAGCCGAUCGGAUCCACUAGUAAGACCUUGAGUCCCUAUGACACGAGUUUCACUUACAAACAAGGGAAAGUACUGUCUACCUUAGGUCCUUACAUACCGUUCACCAAGAAUUACGUUUACUCGACGAUGACCACGACUCCGACGCCGAAACCGUCGGCUACCGUGCCGACUUACAGCUCUACCUUGACCAAUUAUCGCAUAACGGCGAGCAAUCUUUUGCCCAAGAUGAAGUCUUCGUCUCCAGUAACGAGCAAGCCUAGAGACAGAGCGACUUAUCUGCCUGAGGCGAGUAGCAAGCGACCAACGACUUUGGAAGACAGGCCUUACACCGAACGGGAACACGCGCUUAGCAUGUUGCAUUCUCUUCAGGGUUUGGAGAACAACGCGAAUAGUCUGAGCGAGAUCAAGAAGAGUGGAUCCGAUCGAAGCGCGCCCCUCCCGCCCGGGCCGUCUACCUUACAUUCGUUAGCCCUGUACUUUGCCACAGCUAGUGACAAUCUUGACUUGAACGAGACAGUCGAGUCCAUCGCGAGCGUCGAGCAUCAAGAUGGCAGAGAAGACGAUUAUUCGCGCAACGCGUCUGUCGAGUUACCCAUCAACAUUCUCACGCAGCACACCAUCGCGUCGUACGCCGAGCUGUUCAAUCUGAACAAUGCCCUCGAGGGAAACGCUACGAUCGCCGAAUUCGCGGCAGAGAUCGAUAAUGUCGCCAGCGAGAUCAAUGACGAGGACGAUGAUCUCGACAUCGAGCAGAGCGAAGGUCCAGUGAACGGCGCGAAGAGAUCGAAUAAUACUAAAUUGCGCGAGCUGGCCCAGGUCUUCACUCACGCUUUGUCGGCAUACUUGCAGGAUCCAGACACUUUUAAAAAAGUGCUCACGGAGAUUAGGCCCACGCAACCUCCGACGACGACACUCGACGACGGUCAAUAUGAGACGACAUUGUAUCCGACCACAGCAGAGGAGUACUCGUCGGUGACCAAAGAGAAGGAUGAGGUCCUGGACUUUUCGGAUGACACGGAUGCAUCCAGGAGGCGCAAACCGUCUACCGUAUUUCCAACCACUUCGCAACCGCCCACGACCACCGAUAGAUCGUACUUGACUUAUUACACGACGCCCUACGAAGAAUAUUAUUCAACGAGUGAGACGCGCAGACCGAUCUACUAUCCGAGUACGACGUUGUUACCACCUGGCACUUCAUCGCGUGACUCGGAAGAUUAUAUGGAAUCGUCGACGCAGAGUGGCAACACGUUCGCCUUUGAAGUCAAUCGCGCUUUCACCACCACUACAGGCGACAUUAACAAUUACGACAGCGACACGAGAGAUUCGACUGAUCUGUCGCCGGUUUACGAUAAUUAUUUCCCGUUGGAUGAAGACGGAAAUCGAGAUAAGAUCAGCAACUCUCGCAAUAAUACAGCGAGAACCUUCCAGCCAUACGGCAAGAACGUCAAGCCCAAGAGCGCUACGCCUAUAAGUAAUUACGUGUCGUCGUCGACGCUGGCGUCUUUCCAGCCCUCAGGAACGAUCUCGUCCAGAGGUUCGGCUAGCGAUAAACCUGUCCAAAACCUAACGCCGCCUCACUACCAGCGCUUUGGUAAUGUGAAGGUUUUCGAGGUGUCCAAUAGCAUCGUGCCUAAUCAGAUACAUUCGACGACACCUUUGUCCAGGAGCAAGCCUUCCUACGAUACACCUAGCACUACCGUUCAGCCUUUCAGGAUACGUUAUUAUGAUUCGACCACGAUGCUGCCCGAAGAUCGGAAGACCAGUCCCGAGUCUCUGGUCACGGCUCGCAGCUCGUAUAUCAAGUACAGGAACAGCUACAAUCGUAUAGAGGGCAACCGCGCGGAAGGUACUCAUAAGCCCGUGGAAAAUCCGUCAACAACGGCAGCAACGACGAUCCGAGACAACGUCGGGACACUAGAUCCGAUCACCGCGACCGUCGGCGAUGUCAUUCCGUAUACUGCUACCGUUACUCGCGCUACCUCCGGCAAAUCAUCGUCGUCCAGCACGUCGUCCACCAGGCAGCCCAGUUCGCUGAACAACGAUCACUGGACCUCUUCGCCCAUGGUCACCCAGUUGUGGGAGACGACGGUGUUCGUGGAUCCUCAACACAUCAAUCACGGUCUACAAUCGAGUGUGGACAUUGCUAGAUCGCCCACUACCGACAACACCAUCGAGGGGGAAUCGGAACGCACGGCAGCGACUACCACCAGAUCCCCGACGUCGUUCACCGAAGUAGACCUCGACGGGACGACGGAAGAACGGACUACCACUAGUACCCCUAGUCCCUGGCAAUGGGCGACGAAUGGCAACGAUUCGCCGAUAACGUUCACUCUGCUUCCGACGACUUUUACCGCGGAGAACACAGCGACUCCGACGCCGAUCAUCACGACACGAUCCAGCAUCACGACCACAAUAACGUCCUCGGUGACGACUAAUUCCGUUUCUCGAGACAAUCGAGCGUCCACUUUACUGCCGUUCCCGACGAAUGCGUUGAAUACCACCGAGAACGAGGUGAUCAAGGCGCAGGAGAUGUUCGGGAAACUGAACGAGACGAGUUCCAACACGCUAAUGCGAGUGAUGAAGCAGGCCGAUAAUAAUGAAACGGUGAGGCAGCUCGUGCUGUUGCUGAUAAGCCAUUGCAAUGGACCUAGAAACAAGACGACGGAGCAGCAGAAAGAACAGCUGUUAGAUGCUCUUCUAAGAUUGCCAGUUAACGAGUUUAGUUCCGAAGAAUCGCGAGAGAUCGUCGCCGGUAUCAGCAAACUUAAUCUUCCUAGUGGAAAGACACGAGCGGUCAUUUUAUCAAACUCCACGACGAAGGCUCCACGAGCGUCGUCCGUGAGACCAACGCCAUCCGCACCAUCCAUCACCACCUUCCGUAGUAAAACUGGACGGAGAUUCCGAACGACCACGGAGAGUGUCCACAGUUUUGCUAGAAGAUCGGACGAUGUUGUUCAGACGGACGCAAACAAUUCCUUAGCGGAGGACGAGACCAUCGUGUCCGACAACCGAGCACUCGAGCUCCUCAGGUCGCUCUACACGAUAGCAGCCAAGUGGGGCUGAGGGAUCACACAAUCGACGACCGAUCGGAACUACGCGCGCGUCGGAAGACUCGCGAGAUGAAUAUCUCGCUGGAGUAUUAGAAGACGAUCCAUCUGUCGAUACGUAUCUCGAAGUAGAUCGUUGCUGUCAUCGCGUUAUCCCGUCUAGCCUAAAUUCGAGGAGGGUUCGUAGAGCACGAACUCGGUCAAUCGGUUUUGAUCUCGGCCCAUGAAUCGACAUGAUAAAGAAAAAUCUGACGUACGAAUGUUUCCUUGAGAGACACGAUGAUAUCGUGCUUCUUAUCAAUUUGCAACGUGUGAUUAUCGUUGAUUUUGCUAUUUUUUGAGAAGAGAAAUUCUUGUUCUAUUACAAUGCUUGAUAUAUACUUACUACGCUUGAUUUUUAGAAAUUAGAUUCGAGCUAAAGUUUCGGUAUCUUUAGUCUCGGAUCGAUAAUUACGACAGCGAAGUUCGAUUUAACUUGGGGCCGAGAUUGACACCCGCGCUCGCGGAUAUUAAGUAGGUCAUGUAACAACCGGUUUUCUCAAAAUGUAAUCUGUAAACGGCUGCUUGGUACCCGCGAUCGAAUGUAACUCGUAUCGGUUAAUAUGCGGAGUCCCGAUCGAUCAUCGAUCGAUAAUAUCGCGGUAUAAUAAUUAACCGGUUGUAGUCCGACAAGUUGAGAUUAUGUAUUUGUUCUCGCCGUCUCUUUUAUUAAGAAUAAAACAUCGAUCGCCUUGAAAUAUCGGUAACUGUUACUUGCAAAAAAUGCCUGCCAUACUCUUCGUCCUUCCUGUUCAAUGACUUUUGCGUGAAUGCUAUCGUGUAUGAAUAUUCAAUUUAACUCUCUCGUUAUCAAAUGAAAUAAUUUAAUAAAGAAUUAAUAAAAAAUUUUAAUGAGAGAUAAAGAUUUUUUUUUUAUUUCAUUGACAAACAAUUUGACGAAAAUUUAUGUAAUCCUUCCAUUUAAGUCUGCUCGAUCCUGUCAUAUUUGGAAUAAAUAAUUGAAUUUGAUUGUUGAUGUCUACAACACGAGAGAGACAUACAAAGUGGUUAUUAUACUCGAAAUUACUCGUGUAAAACAGUGAAUGUGCAUACCAGCAUAAAGGGAUUUGUAUGACUCAUCCGCUUCGUUCUUCUCAUAAUAUUGCCAAGUAUAUCAAAUUGCUAUUCGUGUUUGUUAAAUAGCACGAAAUUGGCGGAAUGUGUGAUGGAACGUGAAUUGCACCGUACGCUUAUGGUUAUUCGUACCGGUUUGACUCUAGACGUGACACAAUUUCGCCCUUUCCUCGCGUAUCUUUCCAAUCCCAGGUCCUCCUCUGAAAUUCGCGUCAGCUCUCAGAUACCGUAUUAAUUCCCAUCAGUGGAAUUAAAUUGAUAUUCACGGGUUGUGUCGUACGAACCCUCCGUCGUCCCGGAAAAACCGCUGUCGAACUGUUGUUACGUUCAGUAUUAUGAAAAGACUCCCGGAAGAGGAUCCGCCCAGCAUCCACAGUGGCGCGGAUUCGCCAAAUUAUUUAUUCUAUAUCUUCGCGACUUCUAUCGCGAUUCCUAUGUCCCGAUUAACAGUAAGCUACUUGUAUCUUUCAUGAAAUUACGGUGUUGGUAACGUUCUCUUUCGUCUGGGCAUUUCGAGAUCGGCGAUGCUCCUUCGUCGCGAUCCCGAAAUGUCCAAACGGGAUUUCUAGGUCAUUAUUUAAGUACCGCGACUUUUAGCGACUUGUAGCCGUAUCGACUUUAUGUAAUAUACCUUUGUACAGUAUGUGAAUAAAUAUACAGGGUUUUGUUUACCUGUGUUUUGC